AUGUCCACCGAAGACCUCAUUGAGCAAGCAUUAGCCAGCGGACAAGCUUUCGUGCUCCCUCCCUCACCUCGCGAGACCAGGGCACCAGAGCCCCCAAUUGCUGCUGCCGUGGCCUCUGAAACUACAGCAGACAGUGCUGUCGAUGAGUCUGAACCCACCGAGGCUCCUUCUGCCACCCCCGAGCCCGACGCCUGGAAGGCAGAGUAUGACGCUCAGGUCGAGGCCUGGAGAGCACAGUCUGCUGAAGCUCGAGAAAAGGCCGAGAAGGAACGCGCAAGAUGGGAGGCCAUUCGCAAGGAAGAGGCUGAAAAACGCAAAGCUGCUGGAAUCCCUGAAGUGAAGGAAGAUAUCCCCACUGGACUUCCCACCCACAGGCCCAAGUCGGAUCCCCCCGCAGUGGCAACUACAAGCUCCACAGUCGACAUCCGUCCCGAUUCGAGACAGGACACCGAUACCAACGAGGGCUCUCAGAAGUGGGAGGAGGUUCAAGCUGCCUCCACUGCGUCCUUCCCCUCCAUGUCAUUCCCAGAGCGGACGACGCCGCCUUCCUUGGCUCCUGCACCUCAAACCUCUCAAGCACCUCCUCCUACCGCUACGCUCGCCAUUUUCGACUCAUCCCUGUCGACUCGCACUCGUAUUGUUGCCUUGUUUUCAGCCCUUGCUAUCAAUUUGGCCCUGCCUUUCGUCAACGGAGUCAUGCUCGGCUUUGGCGAAAUCUUUGCUAAAAACGUCGUGCUCAAUUGGUUCGGAUGGAGGUCGGUCAGUGUAGCGUCCAACGUCGGUAUUGGCGCCAGACGCGAGCGUACAUCCGUAUUCAGAUGA